UUCUCAUUUCUCCCAAAUCGAGCAAAACCCACUAGACUCUGUCUCUCUGAGCUGAGAGCCCAUCCGAACGACGACUCUCUGAUCGUUCCAAUGGACGGUUUCGAUCGCCUCCCCGACUCGCUCAUCCUCCAGAUCUUCGACUCGGUCUCCGACAUCAAGACCCUCAUCCGCUGCCGCGCCGUUUCCAAGCGAUUCAACUCGCUCGUCCCCCACACAGACUCGCUCAUCCUAACCGUCGACCGCGUCAUAUCCUCCGAUUCAGACUGCGACUCGGAAAGCGACGACGUUUCGCACCUCCUCGUCGCCUUCCUCAAAUCCAUCCUCAAAUCGCUCCAGGACCUAGUCUCGGCCAAGCCCGACCCCACCCAGACCCGCUCUCAGAAUUCCCCCGCCCAGAUCCUCCGCUCCUUCCACCGCGUCCGAAGCCUCUCGAUCGAGCUCCCGUCGGGCGAUCUCCGGUUAGAGAAGGGGACGGUGCUGAAAUGGCGAGCUGAAUUCGGGAAAACUCUGAAGACGUGCGUGAUCCUAGGGUUCCGAUCCGUCGUCGCCAGCGGGGACAAUCCUGUGGCCGGAGAGGAAGCGGACUUCGCCGGAGGUCUGAAGGUGAGGGUGGUGUGGACGAUUAGCGCGCUGAUCGCGGCGUCGGCGAGGCACUACCUGCUGAAGGAGGUGGUGAGGGAGCAGAGAGGGCUGGAAUCGCUGGUUCUGAGGGACAGAGAAGGAGAAGGCACGGUGGUGAUGAGGAAGGAGGGGCUGAGAGAGUGCAGGAGGGAGGACGCGUGUGGGGAGGCGGAGGAGGUGGAGGAGGAAGAGGGAUGGGAUAGAGGGAGGAGCAAGGUGCCGAGCGUGAGGAUGAGGAUGAGGCACGUAGCGAGGGUGGAGCUGAAGGGCCGGGUAUGGGUGGAGGGGGCCACACUUGUUGUGGUGAGGCCGAGUUUGGGGGAUGACGUGGAGGAUGGGGAUUUGGCGAUGGAGGCGUUUGGGAAUGAUGGGAUGUACGGGGAGGUUGUAGUGGAGCUGCUCAAGGCCAAGAGUUAUUUACUGGAAAUGAACUCUUUUUAGUUAACCAUGGUAAAUGGUAAAUGGUAAAAAUGUAUUUGCUUUUACUUCACUUGUUUUUUGUACAUUCUCUCUGUAUUUCGUGUUGCCAUGAUUUUCUGACUUUGUACCUGCUAAAUAUUAUGAGGGAAUGAAACCCUGUUUUUUUGUUGUUAAA